AUGACAUCUCCCAGUGGAGGGAAAAACGGUACCCAGUCACUUUUCACACCACCAAGGGGUGGGGAUCUUACUUUGAGGUCCAGCGAUGGCGUUGAAUUUCUUGUACAUUCUACUAUCCUCAAAUUUUCAUCGUCCGUAUUUGAUGGCAUGAUAGCUACUGGAACUACCAAGGACACCGUCGAGCUUACUGAAAAUGCGAACGAUGUCUCCUAUCUACUUCGAUUCGUCUAUCCAAACAAAUUCCCCGUUUCGAUCAGCCUUGAUGAGCUCCCCAGUUGUCUAUUGGUGGUUCAAAAAUACGACAUUGAAGGUGCUCUCGAAAUCAUAGAAGAAAUCAUCCUGCUGGAUGGCUCCCCUCAUAGACUACUCUCAUCCGAACCUAUACGAACAUAUCAACUCGCAGUACAGUUUAAUCUUGCCAAAACCAAAGCCGCGGUCGCACCGCUUGUUGCGAUUGAUCAAACAAACUUCUGCGACCUGAGCAAACUAUCGGAGCUCUCAAACCUAUCCUCCAAUGAAGCUGGUUCGCAUGAUGAACUUACAGGCAAUGAGGUCUAA